UUUAUCAUCAGUUUCGACUGGUGAAAACGUAUAAUAUGUGCAAACUCAAAUAGAAAUUAGAAAGUACGAAACUACAAAAGUAGUUACCCACUACUCACUAGUUAUUAUAUACAAUACUUAAUUAGCGUUUUCGUGAAAGAAAUCUUUUCCCGUUCCCCAUUCCCAUUGGCGAAAUAUAAUAAUGGAUCAUUCAAUGCGUCAAACAUCAUUGUGAAAUAUUAUCGCCAUCAAAAUAGGUGUUUUACUGAACCAUUGAAUAAAAUAAAAGUCGAACGCCGUUCUAAGUUUUUACCACUAUCCAUAAGGUAAAUAGGUUUUAAACAUUUUACGUAUUAACGAAAAUUUAAAGAUAAAGUUUAGGCACUUCCUCUAAAUUAAAAUCAUUGCCUCUGCUGAUUAACAAACAUCUGCUUAUAAAAUGGCUCAAGGACCAGCUUUAGUUUGUAGACUUUUGGCUUCAUCAGUAUCUGUUGCUCAUAAAGCAGGUAACAUAAUUCGCGAUGUUAUGCAAAAAGGAGAUUUGGGAAUAAUUGAAAAGGGUGAAAAUGACUUGCAAACUGAAGCUGAUAGAUCUGCACAACGGUGUAUUGUUGCAUCUUUUAAAAAUCUGUAUCCAAAUGUGAAUAUUGUGGCGGAAGAAGUAGAUAAAAUUAGUCAAAAUUUGGAUGUUCCUGCAGAUUGGCUAAUUACUGAUCUUGAUCCUAAAAUAUUGGAUUUGGAGUGUCCAAAAUCACUACUUGAUGUUACAGAAGAUCAAGUAACAAUUUGGGUAGACCCAUUAGAUGGAACAUCAGAAUUUACAAAAGGUUUAAUAGAUCAUGUUACAAUAUUAAUUGGAGUAUGUGUCAAUGAUGAAGCUGUGGCUGGAGUAAUUUAUCAACCGUUUUGGCAAAACCGUGGUCGAGCUCUUUGGGGUCUGGUUGGCAGUGGUGUAGGUGGGUUUGAGUUAAAAGAACCCCCUCAAACAAAGAAAGUGUAUGUAACCACUAGGAGUCACUAUGAUAAAGCAAUAGAACAAUUUAUUGAUGGCUUAAAACCUUGCGAAGUUAUACGAGUUGGUGGUGCUGGAAAUAAGGUACUUUAUAUAUUAGAAGGAAAAGCACAUGCUUAUGUUUAUCCUAGUGCUGGUUGCAAACGAUGGGAUACAGCAGCACCAGAGGCAGUGCUAAGAGCAGCUGGUGGUGAAUUAACAGACGUACAUGGAAAUAAAUACAGCUAUAGCAAGGAAAAUGAAAAAGACCCUUUGAAUAAAUAUGGAGUAUUUGCCACUGCUCCUUCUUAUAAUCAUACUGAAUUCAUGAAACUUAUUGGUGACAUUCAGUCAAAAAAUGUAAAAAAUGAUUAGUUUUGUAUUCAACAGUGACAAGAGUAUGUGCAAUGAGUAUAAGUGUUCAAAAUUGAGGUUGAGUAAAUUGUUAAUAAACGAAUAAGUAAUUAUUCAAUUUAAUGUAUUCACCUAAAAUAUAAUUUAAAUACAAACAUUAUUAAUUUAAAAUAUACUGGACAACAUACAUUCCCCAUAAAUAGCUGUUACAACUUACAGGCAUAUCACUACAUUAUAAAUAUUUUUAUAAAGUAAAAAAGUUUAAUCUAGAAAUUCUAAUUUGAACACUUUGGUUCUCAAACACAUGCACUCUUGUCACAAUUGUAAAAUUUCAUAGCUUAUAUUAAAAAGCUUUUUUUUAACUAAAUAUAUGUAUUUCAUUUGUUGUAUUAAAUAUUAUAUGUCAUUUUUAUAAACUUUAAAUUAUGUAUUUAGUACCAAGUACAAAAUAUGGAAGUCUUUCUAUUAAUA